AUGAGUGAGUUUGCGACAGAGGCAUUCACUCUUUUAGGAGUGGCCAUUGUGAUUAUUGGUCUUAGAACCACAGCUCGAUGGGUCAUGGUCGGACCUAAGAACUUCCAAGCAGAUGAUUAUUUUAUGCUAGUGGCUUGUGUGGUGUAUGGACUCGAAACAGCAGCCGCAUAUAUGGUUGGUGCGUGGUUUGAGGGUCUCGCGAACAAUGCCAUGACAGACAAAGAAAGAGAAACGCUCUCACCAGAUUCAAAAGAAUAUCAUUUGCGGGUUGGUGGAUCCAAGACCCAAGUGACUGGUUGGUCCCUUUAUACGCUUUUGUUAUGGCUAUUGAAGACAUGCAUGGCCAUUUUCUAUUCUCGAUUGACAGCUGGUCUGAUCAAUAUGCGACUUCGAAUUCACAUUGCCUACGUCUUGAUCGCCGUGAGCUAUGUUGCAACUAUCUGCUCGAUUCUCUUUGGCUGUCGCCCAUUGAGCAAGAACUGGCAGAUUAACCCAGAUCCGGGUAACCACUGUCAGCCUGCUGUGUCGAAAAUUGACAUUUACGUGACUGUUGUUCUCAAUGUGGCGACUGAUAUUUACCUGAUCAGCAUUCCUGCGCCCAUGCUUUUCAAAGCCCGUCUUCAUUGGCGCGAGAAACUCGAACUCCUUAUCCUCUUCAGUGGUGGUCUCUUCGUCAUGAUGUGUGGUAUUCUGCGCUGCGUUCUAAUUCUAACAGCCGGAGCAAAUGGCGCCGAACAAGCAGGCAGCUGGGCCUGUCGCGAAACCUUCGUCGCUGUCGUAAUCGGCAACGUCCCAAUGAUCUACCCUCUCCUCCGUCGUCUCGCCCGUCGCGCGGGAUUAUACCUUACCACAAAAUCCGGUUCACAAAGCUAUCCCGCCUACCAAUUAUCCGAAGGAGACGCAAGCGGCUAUGUGAAGCGCAAGAAGUUCCGACACCCACUUUCAAUCCCGGCUACAACACAGUGGAAUACUGUUAGUGACGAGCAGAUGAUUUUACCGACUUCGAGACAACAGCCUCCUACAUGUACGGCUGGUGAAGGGGACUGGGAUGCAAUAAGCCAAGGGAGCCAUAAUGGAGGGAUUAAAGUGGUUCACGAGACGAUUGUACACAGCGCGGAAAAAGAUUCGGGAUUAUAG